CGCGCGAUGAAAAUUCUCAUUUUUCCGGUGAUCGCGUGUCUCGCGUUCGCCACACCGUGCGGGUCAUACGUGUACCCACUUUUCGCGGCGAAAAACCGCGAAGACGCGGUCGCAGUGUCUCAGAUAAUAUUGAACGACCUAGUCGUGCCCUUAAGAGACGGCCUGUGCGGGGUCUGCGUCCAUUUCCUACGGGUGUACGAGUGCCUCGUUGACGGGCAAUAUUACAGGGACGAACGGGGACCGAUGCUGGUCGAUCAUAUCCUCGACUUCUUCGGAUGGUCCACGGAGUCGAAGGACCGACGCCCGAAUUGUUCGUAUUUCUCCGUCGCAGUGGUCACGUUUUCGACGGCCCUAUUCGUCGCCAUCGUCGUCGCUUCGAAGAAGCUCAUCGAACACGUAGGUGACGAUCAUGAGUGGAUAUGUCCGCAGGUGUUUAGGGACUACCGCAAUUGCGUGUGCUUCAAGCGAGAUUAAAACUCUGAGAAAAUUUUUGUAGUGUGUUUCGAUACCACAUGAGGACCUAAGAAUGGGCAGCAAAUAAAGUAUCAACUCCUCCCACUUUUAAAAUGUGGUGGGGGGAAAAGUGGUUUCAUUGCUACCAUAGAAAGAUCAGCAGCCUACAACAUUACAUCAUAAGUUUAAAGAUGGGUACGGGCAAUCUUUGACACGUUGCCGGUCAAAUUUUAAUAUCCAAAUAGGUUUUUUAACGAUAGUGAUCAGACAUAAACUAAAACAAUAUUAUUCUCACAUUGUUUUUGUCUGCUCUUGCUCGUUAAGACUUACAUUCUUUUUUUUAUAUGAAUAUAGCUCACAUUUUAUCGGCUUGAGGUCCCUAGUAGUAGAUAUUUCCGCAUUUGACGUGAUUUUGGUGACAGAAAUCUGGAUUCCUAGGCCUUUGCCGCAUAUAAAAUAACGGAAUCUUCGCUAAAAUACUGUAGCCCAUUUAUUGAUCCAACAUUAUUAAUACCAUAAAUAUCUGCAUGGAACAAAACUAGCAUCUUCAAAGCUGGAAGACCGAAAUCGGAAUUCCCUUGACCAGAACCAAAACAGCAGCAAAUCUAAAUGAUCCAUUUGAACUUUAAUAACAACAAACUUAUUCCAGUUGUGUAAAAAUGGUUUCGUAAAUUAUUUAGCCCACCUUCUUGUAUUGACUGAUUACUUCAAGGCAUUCGAUACGAUCGACCACGGUCUCAUAUUAUCCAAACUUAGGUAUUAUGGGUUUGAGAAUGGAUCAUUCUUUCUGAUUCUGAACAACAAAUAGUGAUUGUUGAGAUGGUAACUUUGUGGCCUUUGCUGACACCAAUUUACUCUUUACGAAACCUAUAACAAUUGUUACCCAAAGGGUAAGCAACAAACAAUCAAUUGCUGUACUUAGACCAGAAAUAUAGUGCUUUUACAACCAACCCCUUGAUUAACUUUGCCUACUCUCUAUUACUCCAAACCCGCAGCCCCUUAUAGAAUACCCUGCGGAGUAGACCUUUACCCCUAACCAUUCCAGGACCGUCCUACGAAUUUAUCCGCCCACACUAACAAGCGGCAUAUAAGUGUUUUCAA